AUGGAAGCAAUUAACACCUUAAUUGAAACAAUACCUCCUCGUUUCCUAGAGCGUGGAAAACUUGUACCAGUAGUCAGUAUCACUGCCGCUGCUGCCAUCUUGCUUUCUUCCUACAAGUGGUUCUCAACAACGAGCGGGAAUAAAUCACAAGAAGGUGUCAAGAGUAUUCCUAUUCCUGGUUCUCGUUAUCCUUACUUUGGCCAUAUGUUUUCCUUGGGAACCUCGCCUGGUAAAGUUAUUAAUGCGUGGCAUAAAGAAUUUGGUUCAAUUAUUGAACUCCGUAUGGGGAUCCAAACAUGGAUUAUGAUUGAUGACCCUAGUUUGGCUCACAAAAUAUUUGUUUCCAAUGGAGCUGUGGCUUCAAACAGACCUCAUGCAACAUUUGCAUAUACCUAUUACGGGCUCGAAGGAAAAGGUAUUGCAUUUGGUGCUCAUGCCAAAAACUGGAAAAAUGCCAGAGGAGCAGUAUUGAGUAUCCUUGCGCCUAAAGUCGUUGACAAAAACUACAUUAAACAUAUCCAAUCCGAAGCGGCUGCUUUAGUUGAUCGAUUGAUAGCGUAUUCCAAGAAAGAGAAUGGUGUAGAUCCCACUGUGCAUUUGCAUCUCAAUUCAAUGAAUACGAUUUGUCGUGCCGCUUUUGGUAAACACUAUUCAUUUGAUGAUCCCGAGUUUAAAACCAUGUCACAUGUAACGGAAAGAUCUAUGGCACUGGGCGCCUUGGAGCAAGAUCUGCCCAACUUUUUACCCGUCAUGACCGUCGUAGACUAUUUUACUGGAAAACACACCAUGAUGAAAAACUUUAUCACAAACGAACGUGACCCGCUUUACCGUAAAUUAAUUGCUGAAGCCUUGGAAACACCGGGUCCAAACUUUGUAAAAUCUUUGGACGAAUUCACUUUCAGCGAAGAAGAAAGACUUGUUAUCACUGCCGACUUAGUCAGUGGUGGUACCGAUACUGUUUCUGUUACUCUCUCUUGGGCCUUUGUCAUUAUGUGCCACUAUCCUUUGGCUCAAAGGAAAGCAGCAGAUGAGAUUGACGCAUUUAUCAAGUUGAAUGGUCGUCUUCCAGAGUUUUCAGAGAGAACAAAGCUUCCUUACUGUGUCUCGAUGAUGAAGGAAGGCAUGCGUUUUAGACCUAUAGGCUCCUUUGGUAUACCUCAUAAAAUGGAUGCCGAUGUGUUUGUCGAUGGAUACGUCAUCCCUAAGGGUGCUACGGUUUUUUCUAGUAUGGAAAGUAUGCAUCACAACCCUGACGUAUUCUCUGAACCAUUAAGAUACUAUCCUGAGCGAUUCAUGAACAAUCUCAAAACAAUGGAUGCAUCCGCCAAGGGUAAAAUUGAAGAGCGUGAUCAUUUCAAUUUUGGUUGGGGAAGGCGUAUGUGUCCUGCUAUUUAUAUGGCUGAAGUAGAAUUUUUUACUUCAUUGAUUCAAAUAUUAUCCAAAUGUACGAUUGAACCUGUCCGAGAUACCAGUGGAAAAGAACAGUUACCGGAUAUUGAUCAUCCUGUUAUUUCUGGCUUAGUUCUCUUACCCAUUCCUUACAAGGUCAACUUUGUUGAACGUAUCAACCCUCUUAUGUAA